CAAUCACUGUUGAUGAGGGGAGUGGAACCUCAACCCAGCACGUUAUGGUGAUAGAGUCUACAGAUGCAGAGGCUGCAGGUCUUGGGGUGAAGCAGGAGAGGUCUGAAGGAGAGGACCCACGGCACAGCAGAGACAUCCAGACUGGAGCAGCUGGAGCGCACCCUGUAGCCACAGAAGACCCCACCACCACCCCAGCACCGCCCAGGACCAGACACAGCAUCACGGAGGAGGAGGGUCCAGAGUUGCUGCUGGUGAAGGAGGAGGGUGUGGGUAACCCUGAGGGGACCAUGGUCAUGGAGGACAACCAGUCUACACCUCCCCCUGAACCCACAGAGGAACCAGCUGAGCAGCACAGGACCACACACAGUCUCACAGAGUCAGUAGACAUGGAGGAUUGGAAGCCUGAUCUGCUGCUGGUCAAAGAGGAGACAAUAGAAGACGGACCAGAUAGUAUUGACCUGCCGAGUGGACUAAAGAUGGGGGAGCAAGGUGGUUGGCUGGAGGCUAACAAAGGAGACUGGGCUCCCAUCUUGGAUUCCCAGACCCAGACCAGUGCAGUCAAGCGCCCAGGGAACAACAUCACUGAGCAGGCCAGGACCAGAGGUGACAUAGUGGAGUCUGCUGUCCAUGAGGACCUGCUGAUAUCCGGUGUUGAUGGCUGGAGACACUGGACCUCUGAGGCGGCUGGGCACACACCCUGGCCCCGGAUCAGUACCCUGGAUCAGGAGCCGUCGCUCUUCCUUCCCGAGUUGGAACCAGGACCCAACCGUGAGGGACAGAGACUCCACCACCACACAGAGCACAACCAGUGGACAGGUGGAUUGAAUAACCUCAAUCCUGGUGGUCAUCAGAGAGACAGAGGCUCCAGUCAGGGAUCCAGUCUGCAGCCCAGACCCUUCUCUUCACAGUCUCAGUGCAGGGAUGAAGCAGGGCCUGGGGCUGAUAGAGAUAGAGAUAGACCUUCCUGUUCCUAUGAUACAAACACCACAAUGUCCAUGAUGAACAGAGAAGGUCACCCUGGGCUUCAGCCUUCACAAACAGUGGUGAGUGAACCCCUUGGGGGUAGUCUAACAGGAAGUCUGUCUUCUCCUUCAGGGUCCCAUCUAAUGCCUAAUGACUGGGUUCAUAGGAGGCCUGGGUCUAGCCUUCCUCAGUUACCUCAUGGUUACCCCACCAAUACAGACAGGGUCAGGAUGGGUGUUCACCACAAGAGGUACCUAGCCUAUAACACGGCACCCAAUCUCAACAACACCCAAACAAUGGCUAGAGGUCAAGGAGGGAGCUCAAAGACUAACGACCUGAGGGUGGUGGCUCCUGCUUCUACCUCCUCUGGGUCACAACGUGGGAAGCAACGCAUUAGGACGGACGCCGACAAACCGUAUGCCUGCCCCACGUGUGGGAAGCGCUUCUCUGAGGCAAACUAUGUGAAGCAACACCAGACCGUUCACACCAAGGAGAGGCCCUUCAAGUGUAAGCUGUGUUACAAGAGCUUCUCCUUCCUGAGUAACCUUAUCAGGCAUAGGGGUGUCCACAAUGAGGAGGAACCCUUCAGCUGUACCCAGUGUCACAUGCACUUUGCCCAUGCUGGCAACCUGAAGAGGCACCAGAGAAUCCACACAAGGGAGAAAUCCUCCAGCUGACCCCAUUGUGAGAAGAGAUUAUCCAGCCAGCACCAGCUGAAGAUGCACCUCAAGGUCCACACGGGAGAGUGGCUGUUUGCCUGUACACGCUGUGGGAAGAGAUUAUCAGAGAGGAGCUACCUCAGGACACACCAAUAGAAAACCAUUCCACUCUAUAACAUAGAAAGUAAACGUACCACUCAAACCCUGAAUUAAAGACAAACAUGAAUUGUCGUUUUUGUCAGCUAAUGCAUUUGGAAAAAUGAGAGUAAUUGUGUUGAAUAUUCCUGGGUAGAAUAUUGCAUCCAGACAUUUAUAAGCCUAAAAAGUCUGUUACAUAUUGUGUUUGUACUGCGUUGGAUAUAUGAUGUUCACAAAUGCCAUUCAACUACUUAAUUUCUUUCCAAAGACACUUAAUGAGAAAAUAAAUGUAGUUUAUCAUACAGAUUUGUAGUUGAGACAGGUGUAUGUUGGUGUAUUUAACACUUGUUUAUGUUUAAUAAACACGAAAUGGGACUUUUCAUUCUAAGACUUUCAUUGAGACU